GGGUUUGAAUAUGGACCCCCGUUCCAGUGCCCAGGAUGUGAUGCGAUGUGACCUGUGUGAGACCGCUGUGGUACAGAUGCACUGUGAUACAUGUCUUGUCAACCUGUGUACUGCUUGUGUAGGAAAACACAUGAUCUCUGAUCAAUCUAUCAAUCACAAAGUUGUCACUUUUCAGACCAGAAAUUCUAUGCCCCUCUACCCUGGGUGUGUAACUCAUAACAAAGAACGAUGUAAAAUGUACUGUAAACAAUGUGACAUUCCUGUCUGCACUAAAUGCAUAGCAUCUGAUGAACACCUAGGUCACAAAUUAUCAGAAAUAUUACAAAUACUGAAUGAAAAAAGGGACAAAAUCAUCCAAGAACAGACUGAAUUAAAUGAUAUGAUUUAUCCAACAUACCAGGACACUGCCUCUGAUGUACAAAACAGAAUGAGUCAGUUAGAAAAGGAAUAUGGAGAUCUCUCAACAGACAUAACAAAACAUGGAGAAGACUGGCACAGAGAAAUUGACAAACUUGUCAAGAAACUUAAAGCUGAAGUUAAUGAGAUGAAAAACACACAGUUACAAACUCUACAGAAACAUCUGGAUGAAAUAAACAAGGUAAUGUCUGACAUCAAGAAUGAUGUAAAUUCACUUGAAGAUGCUUUUGCCUGCAAAGACAUAUCCAAAGUCUACAGUGUUAAAUCAGACAUAGAAAAAUACAGGACGCUUCCACCAAAAACUGAACCUUCUUUCCCCAAAUUCACACCAGGAAGAAUUGAAGAGGACCUCAGCAAACUGUUUGGAGCCUUAUCAUCAAGUUUUUUAACUUCAGAUAAACAUGGCUACAUCAUGAGGACAAUACAGAAAUCACCUCCAGUCAAACAGCUGCUUGAUGAACCAGAGACCAUCACCAUAGACACUGGGUAUGGAUACCUUUACGAUGUUGCCUGUCUGAGUGAUAAAAAAAUCUGGACAAGUGGAGGUGACGGCACCAUGAAACUCUACAGCAUCAAUCAUGGAUCACUACUCAAGUCAGUCACCACCAAGUCAGGGUAUACACCCUCUAACAUAGCAAUCACAAAAAGUUGGGAUCUAGUUUAUACUGAUGACUAUUAUAAAACUGUGAACAUUGUGAAGAAUGAGAAGAUAGAGGAGAUGAUCAGAAUACAGAACUGGAAUCCUCUCGGUGUCUGUAGUACCUCCUCUGGUGACCUCCUGGUUAUCAUGGUCAGUGAUGAUAACAAACAAACAAAAGUUGUCCGUUACUCUGGCUCCACAGAGAAACAAACCAUUCAGUUUGAUGAUAAAGUUAAACAUUUCUACUCCAACUCUCAUGACAAAUACAUAACAGAGAACAAAAACCUAGAUAUAUGUGUGUCUGACAAUGGAGCUGGGGCAGUAGUGGUGGUCAAUCAGGCUGGGAAACUGAGAUUCAGGUACACUGGACAUACUCCUGCUCCAAAGAACAAACCAUUCAAUCCACAAGGAAUCACCACAGACAGUCAGAGUCACAUCCUUACAGCUGAUGUUAACAAUCACUGCGUCCACAUCAUAGACCAGGAUGGACAGUUCCUCCGUUACAUAAACUGUGGACUGAGUUAUCCCUGGGGACUGUGUACAGAUACAAAUGACAAUCUGUUUGUUGCUCAGAUGGGAAACAAACAAGUGAAAAAAAUCAAAUAUCUGCAAUAAAAUCCAUCCAAUGUAAAUUUCAGUUUAAACAACAUAAUUUCACUGGGGAAUCACAAUUUUUGUUUAUGCACCGAUGAAAAAUUAUGCACUGUAAGUUUUUAUGUUUACUGUGUACAGAGCUUAAAUUAAUCUGAACCAAUCAAUUCAUUGUGGAUUUAUGAUAGUUUUAUUUAAAGCAACCAGCAUACAAAAAAUCAUUCCCACAAUGUCAAGGUUUUAGACUUCAGAUCUCCACAGAUUGUGUGGGGUUCUUACAUCACAAACCUUGACAUUGUCAGCUAGGAUGACAAAAAUAGCCAUGAAGAUAAAAAUAUCUCAGACUUGUGUGUUUGCUAACCUUAUCAAGUCUAUACGUACUUUAAUGCACCUCAUACAUAACAGAGAUUUGCAACUGUACAAAUUCUUUAGAUCUCUAGAUUUCUUCUGUUA